UCUGAGCUAACUGCCGCUUAGCGUUAGAUCAGGCUGGAGAAAGAGGACAAUGGCUGUGGUUCUGUUAGAGGACUGGUGCAAGGGAAUGGACCUGGACCCCAGGAAGGCCCUGCUGAUCGUGGGCAUUCCUGUGGAGUGCAGUGAGGCUGAAAUCAAGGAGACCGUGCAGGAAGGCCUGUACCCCCUGAGCAUGUACAGGAUAGUGGGCAGAAUGUUCAGGAGGGAGGACAACGCUAAGGCUGUCCUCAUCGAGCUGGCCGACACUGUUAAUUAUGCUACGAUACCCAGUUGUAUACCAGGAAAGGGGGGUUCCUGGGAAGUAGUGGUUAAACCCCGUACCGAAGAUGAAGAGUUUCUCAGUAGGCUGAACUAUUUCCUGAAAGAUGAGGGCCGGAAAAUUGAAGAUGUGGCCAGAGUGCUAGGGUGUCGGGGCUUUUCUGUGGAGGAUGAGGAUGUAGGGACUUCGGGUCCAGUCAGUUCGCUACCUGUGCAUCCUGUGAAGGAAAGUCUGUGGUACCGAAAGCUGAAAGUGUUUUCAGGGAGCCCUUCCCCAGGCUCAGGCGAAGAGCCCUUCGAGGCCUGGCUGGAGCAUGUCACGGAGCUGAUGCAGGUGUGGCAGGUGUCAGAGGCAGAGAAGCGCAGGCGCCUGCUAGAGAGCCUGCGGGGCUCAGCGCUGGCCACCAUGCGGGUGCUCCGGGCCAACGAUGACUCCAUCACGGUGGUGCAGUGCCUAGACGCCCUGAGGGAGAUGUUUGGCAGCAAAGAGGAUGCUAAGACCGAGCAGCACUUGUUUCUCCAGAUGCAGCACAAGUCUGAAGAAAAGGUCUCUGCUUUCUUGCUGCGCCUAGAGCCACUGCUGCAGAAAGUGGCCCGGCAGAGCCCAUUUAGAGUGCAGGGCACGGACAUGGUUCGCCUCAAACAUGUCCUAGCUCAGGCCUCUGUGACCGGGGCCCUGCGGGGCAAGCUGGAGCUCCUAGAACAGCAAGGGUGCCCCCCGAGCUUCCUGGAGUUAGUGAAGCUUGUCCGAGAAGAAGAGGCGUGGGAGCAUGCGGUGACGGUGACUAAGGAGAAGCAGACAGGGCAGACAGGGCACGGUGUCAGGGCUGUGGACAGACGGGAGACUGUGCAGAUCUGUGCAAACGAGCCUCAGGGCCCUGUGCAGAUCUGUGCAAACGAGCCUCAGGGCCCUGUGGCCAUAGAGUACACCGCCUCUGCCAUGGCCCUCAUGGAGAGCAGCACCCAGACAGUACAGGAAGGGAUCCCAUCAGCCAAGAAGCGCAGGCUGACGCUGUCGGGCCAGGGCACAGAGGAAGGAGCCCAGACCCAGGUGAUAUGGCUGUGGGAAGGAAACAGGGAGGAAUCGGGAAACGGGAAGGGGGCUGGGGCUCUGAGCCACCCCAAGCCCUAGGAAGUACAGGCUCAGCACACCCAGGCGUGCCUCACCCUGGCGCGCAGGACACAGGGCUCCUCCAGGGGAGGGAGGAGCUCAGACUAGCAGCAGGAGACCCGAGCAGGGUGGAGGGGCAGGGCAGCUGGGCCCAACCCCAGCCCCCUCAC